AAUCAAGAAAGUUAAUACGAAAUUAUCCCAACCCUAGUCUAUCUUUCUCCCUCAAUCUCGUCCCUCUCUAUCUCUCUUCAAAGGCUUCGGUUGUUCUUCCUCAACCCCUAAAUUCUUCUUCUAAUUCCCAAUUCUAUUCUAAAUCCCUAAAUCUUAAUCAAUUACCAAAUUCCCAAUCCAAUCGACAGAACCCUAGAAAUAGGUUUCUAUCAUCUGGUAUCAGAGACAGAAUGAACCUAUCCAAGUUCUUCGAUUCAGAGUGGAUUCGUCUCAGCCAACGGUUGCAGCAGUCUCUUGACCGCUACGAACGGGAAGCGCGGGAGAGGGCGGCGGCCGAGGGUGAGAUGGUGGAGAUGGCGGCGAGCACCGCCGCGGGCGAGACAGGGUGGAGGCGGUCGGCGGGGCUGACCGAGGACACCACGAUGACGGGCCAGGCUAUCACGGCUGCUUCCACACCGACGAUUACUGCCAUUGCGGCACCUGCAAUCACAGUGGUCGUCGAGAAAGAGAGCUAUUCGCCAUCAGCUACCGCAGCUGCAAAACUCACCACUAACCCUGCUGGCAACAGUUGAACAACCAUCCAUGGAGAAGGAACAUAAUACUUCCGAGAUUAUCUUAGCGUUCCUGACCAAAGAAGGAGAUGGCACGGUGGUCGAGAUCUCAGGCAAACAGUCGUUGCUUCUGGCAAUGAAUGCAAAGCUUGAAC